CGCGAAUCCGGCCUUCCCAUUGGUCGAUCUCACGUGGAACAACAACAAGUGUUCUCCUGCAAAACUGUUUAAAAUUUUUUUCGUUAAUUAUCUUUUAGUUGUUGGCGUAGUAACACCAUUUCAGGCCUAAUAGUAACCAUAUUCUUUCUGUACGAGUAUAUCAAGAAUAAAAUGGCCAAAAACGUACUGGUGGUGGGCAGCGGAGGCCGGGAGCACGCUAUGGUAUGGAAACUGUCCCAGAGCCCCCAAAUUGGAAGGAUUUAUGCUGCCCCCGGUAGUGUGGGCAUCGGGACAGUACCGAAAGCCACCAAUGUGCCUUCUGUGGAUGUUAAGGAUUUUCAGAGCGUAGUGGCAUUUUGUCGCUCCCACGGUGUCUCUCUGGUGGCCAUAGGACCCGAAGACCCUUUAGCCAACGGCAUAGCUGAUGUCCUGGUUUCCGAAGGAGUUCAGGUGUUUGGCCCCAAGAAAAACGGGGCCCAAAUCGAAUCCGACAAAGACUGGGCCAAGGCUUUUAUGGACAGACACGGCAUCCCUACGGCCAGAUGGAAGUCUUUUAAUAGUGCUGAGCAAGCCAAGAAGUUCAUUAAUAGUGCUCCAUUUCCGGCCCUAGUAGUUAAAGCGAGCGGUUUAGCGGCAGGGAAGGGGGUAGUAGUAGCUGCCACCAAAGAGGAGGCUUGUCGGGCAGUAGAUGAAAUUUUAACAGAUAAAAAGUUCGGCUUAGCGGGUGAAACUGUUGUCGUCGAAGAAUUGCUUAGUGGGGAAGAAGUUUCUGUAUUGGCCUUCUGCGAUGGUCGCACGAUCAAACCGAUGUUACCGGCCCAAGACCAUAAGCGCAUCUUCGAGAACGACGAGGGCCCCAAUACGGGGGGCAUGGGGGCCUACUGCCCUUGCCCCCUUCUAACCAAAGACCAGUACAACUUCGUCCUAAAAGAAGUCCUGGAAAAAAGCGUGCGGGGAUUCCAAAAGGAUGGCAUCAGUUACAGUGGGGUGCUUUACGCGGGGCUGAUGCUCACCCCGCAGGGCCCCAAAGUCUUAGAGUUCAAUUGCAGGUUCGGUGACCCGGAAACCGAGGUCAUCCUCCCUUUAUUAGAGUCGGACUUGUACGAGAUCAUGUUGUCUUGUUGCGACGGCACGUUGGACUCGCAACAGUUAAAAUGGCGGGAAGGGAUCAGUGCCGUGGGCGUGGUGAUGGCCUCCAGGGGCUACCCGGAAAGUUCCAGUAAAGGACAAGUCAUUAAAGGUGAAUAUUUAAUUUGCUUUUUAAGAAGGGGGGGAUAUUAUGAUUUUUAUGUAACAGGUUUAGACGCAGUAAAUGGUAAACCCAACCAUGUGGUAUUCCAUUGUGGGGUGGCGGAAAAGGACGGUAGUCUGGUGACGAAUGGCGGCAGGGUGCUGGUGGCGGUGGCGUUGGCGCCCCAAUUGGUUUUGGCCGCCGCUAAGGCCACGAAGGCCUGCGAAAUUAUCAAGUUCGACGGGGCCCAGUUCAGAAAGGAUAUCGCCCACAAGGGGGUGGCGAGCUCUAUCCUGAAAUCCGGCACCUUAACUUACAAACAAAGCGGGGUGGACAUAACCGCCGGCAACGACCUGGUGGACCACAUCAAACCGGCGGCCAAAUCGACCGUCAGACCGGGGGUUAUGGGGGCCCUGGGGGGCUUCGGCGGCCUCUUCGACACCACGGCCGCCGGUUAUAAGGAUCCUUUACUCGUUUCCGGCACCGAUGGCGUCGGAACAAAGUUAAAAAUCGCCCAGGAAAUGAACCUUCACGGCACCAUAGGAAUCGAUCUGGUGGCGAUGUGCGUGAACGACGUGCUAGCGCACGGGGCCGAACCCUUGUUCUUCCUCGAUUAUUUCGCUUGUGGCCGUUUGGAUGUGGACGUUGCCAAGCAGGUGGUCAGUGGUGUCGCCGAGGGCUGUAGACGAGCGGGAUGUGCCCUAAUUGGCGGAGAAACCGCCGAAAUGCCCGACAUGUAUCCCGAUGGGGAAUACGAUUUGGCCGGUUUCGCAGUGGGUGCCGUGGAACGUACCCAACUGAUGCCGCAUAUAAACGAAAUCCGAGAGGGAGACGCGGUGAUCGCGCUGCCGUCUUCCGGGGUGCACAGUAACGGCUUCAGUUUGGUGAGGAAAGUGAUGCGACUAGCGGGAGUGAGUUACAAAGAUAAGGCGCCAUUCAGUGAGGCGAAAAAGAGUUUCGGGGAGGAAUUGCUCGCGCCCACGAGGAUCUACGUGAGAUCGGUGAUCGAAGCGGUCAAGUCCGGCAAAGUGAAGGCUUUCGCCCACAUUACCGGGGGCGGUUUACUCGAGAACGUUCCCAGGGUGUUGCCCGAUCAGUUGGCGGUGGAAAUCGAUGCGGCCAGUUGGAGUGUGCCGCCGGUGUUUGCUUGGUUGGCCACCGCCGGCGGGAUUAACGAACCGGAAAUGCUUAGGACGUUCAACUGCGGAGUGGGCGGCAUUUUAAUCACCAAACCAGAGCACACCCAAGAAGUCUUAGAGCUAGUCUCGUCAGAAAAGGCCACGAUUAUUGGGAAAGUUACUAAAAAAACUCAAGAUCAAGUGAUCGUAAAGAACUUCACGAAAGUUCUAGAACGAUCGAUGCGUCCCUACGUGCCAGCCCUGGUGUCCCAGUUGAGCCAACCGAAGAAAAAAGUCGGGGUACUGAUAUCGGGCGGCGGUACCAACUUGCAAGCACUCAUAGAUGCUACCCAGGAUCCCACGCGGCAUAUCGGGGCGGAAAUCGUUUUGGUCGUAUCGAAUGUACCGGACGUGGAGGGUUUGAGGAGGGCCGAGAGGGCUGGGAUUGCCACCAAGGUGGUGAGACACAAAGACUACGAGACGCGAUUCGACUUCGAGAUGGUGAUGGACAAGGCGCUGACCGACGCUGCGGUGGACAUCGUCUGUUUGGCCGGAUUUAUGCGCAUACUGACCGUCGAGUUUUGCGAAAAGUGGCGCGGGAGACUGGUCAACGUGCAUCCGGCGCUGUUGCCGCUUUUCAAAGGGACGCACGCGCAGAGGCAGGCCUUGGAGGCGGGCGUGAGGGUGAGCGGGUGCACGGUGCACUUCGUUGAGCCUGACGUAGAUGCGGGGGCCAUUAUAGUGCAAGAAACCGUCCCAAUCGAAGUUUACGACACGGAGGAGACUUUGACAGAACGAAUCAAACUGGCUGAACAUAAAGCUUACCCUAAAGCCCUAAAACUUUUGGCCACCGGGAAAGUGAGGUUAGGUAGCGAUAAGAAAAUAUUUUGGUGUUAAUUAAUUAGUAAGCAUUAAAACGUUUCUGUGCAUAAAUAAUAUACUGGUUUGUUAUUGAAAUUCUUUUAUAAAACACGUUUCGAUUAUUUACAUAUUUAUAGCGUUUAUAUGAAUAAUAGUUAAUUUUUUAAAAA